GUCCCCCAAAAUUUUCAGCCAAUGGCACAUGAGCUGAAUAUGUAUGGCGCAUCCUUCCUACAGGAUCCCUAGAAUGAGAGCAGUACGCGUAUGAUAAUUUGAGGCCCUGUACGAUUCAAAAUUCGUGGUGUUUGAUCCAUUUGGAAUUUCGAAAACUUGAUGACCUUAUGAUAGGGUUUUGAAUUUGAUGACUAAAAAAAAAAAAACACAUUUUGAAAAUCUCGUCCGAGAAAUUGUCGGAUUUCAAAUUUUCCCGGGGCGUACGAUAAUUUUCCGGCUAAAGAGAACUAAAGUUUCUGAGAUCACUGGUCAUAUAAAAAAAAAUAAAAGAUAACAUUAAAAUUAAUAUAAAUGACAGAAUAUUUACAAUGCUUCGAAAUACUUAAGGACAUUUUGAAAAAGUGUUAAGAAUUAUUAUAUGCGAUUUACUGUUACUUCGUAUGAAAAGCUUUGUUUUUUAAAUUAAUCCCAGUCAAAGUUCUGUAAAUAAAUAUGCACAUUUAUUUGUAAUAAAAAAAAAAAAAAUGGAAAGUCGAAAUUUUGACAACAAUAAGAACCAGAAACUUGAAACACAAUAUUAUGUUGCUAAGAACAAUUCUACUCUUACACGUGUAAGGGCAAUGUCAGGACAUGUAUCAGAGCAUUGCGAUGUAAAUGUAAGUACUUUACGUCUGGGAAUGCUGGUUAAAUGCCUGGAAGAUUUAAAGGAUGGAGCGCUCAGAAUUUCUAUCAUCGAUGUAUCAGGAUCAAAUAUUUGGUUUGACACCGAAUGGCGCUGUCUAAAAACCGAUCUCAUUCCUAUUCCACAAGAAAUAUGGGAAUUUCUUAUUGCGGUUUCAGUACCACAAGAGAGAGUUCGCCUGGCCAGUAAUAUAUUGCUUUGUGGAGUAUUGGAGAAUCUAUGCAUAAAUGAUAAAGUAUGGUAUCAUCCUAAUUACAAGCUUAGAGACCGCAAGGAAUUAGCUAUUAUUAAGUAUAUUGGUCCAGUAUCUCAGCUUGGUCAAGGAAUUUAUUUUGGUCUUGAUAUACCGGACAGUCAAAAAAUAUCUAAAACAUCUAUACUAUGUCAAGAAUAUUUUGAGUCUAUGCAUCCAAAAACAUUUGCAACAUUGAAUGAAAUUUCUGUUUACAAAGCGGAUCUUCCAAUUAGAAAUACAGAUCAAAUUUUAAUACCAGAACCAAUUGCGCACAAUGCCCCUACUAAUGAUAAAAAAAAAUUUACUUUGGAUCCAAGUUUUUUAGCUCUGUUAGAAACGUUUACACCUGACAGUAGCAACAAUAAUAACAAUAAUUGCAACACUACAUCUUUACCAGAUGAACAUCACUAUGCCAUGAGAUCAUUAAUUCCACAAACUACAGAUAACAAAUUAGGUAAUAUGUCAGAGGAAAAUGGAAAUAAGAAUUCUAAACGAGAUAAGCCUUCGGACUUAAUAGUGGGUUCAAAUGUCAAAGUACUUUUAGGUUCAGAUGUAAGAAAUGGAACUCUUCGUUGGGUUGGAACACCACCUGGUACAAAUACUAGUAAAUUAAUGGCAGCAGUUGAAUUGGAUGAUGUACAUCCAUCGGGUACAGAUGGUACUUACAAUGAAACAAGAUAUUUUCAAUGUCAACCUUAUAGAGCUGUUUUCACGGAUAUUGAGCAAUGCUUUCCAUAUGAAUCUGGACUAAUAAAACUUUCUGAUGAUCGAUUUUCUUCUAUGAAUACUAACAAUUUUGGAAACAUGGAAAGUGUAAUUAUAGGAAUGGUUCGACCUAUUUCAGUAAAAGGAAAUUUAGAGAGUAUUUGUGGAAAAUUUCGAGGAAUACAAGGUCAUCAUAAUUCAUGUUAUUUGGAUGCUACCCUUUUCAGUAUGUUUGCUUUCACUAGUGUAUUUGACAAUCUGUUAUUCAGACCGCCGAAUGAAAAAGAUUGUCCCGAGUAUGAAGAAGUUCAGAAAGUAUUACGCGAAGAAAUUGUUAAUCCACUUAGAAAAAAUAUAUUUGUAAGUGCAGAUCGUGUUAUGAAAUUACGAACGUUGCUUGAAAGGUUGUCUUCUGUGUCUGGUCUUACAAGCGAAGAAAAAGAUCCAGAAGAAUUUUUAACAUCAUUGGUAGCACAAAUCCUAAAUGCUGAACCAUUUCUCAAAUUAAGUUCUGGACAAGAUGCGUAUCAUUAUCAACUUUUUGUUGAAAAGGAUGAUCAUCUAAGUUUACCAACAGUACAACAACUAUUAGAACAAAGUUUUCUCACGAGUAAUAUCAGAUUGAAGGAAGUUCCUUCUUGUCUUAUUAUACAAAUGCCAAGAUUUGGGAAAUCUUUUAAAAUGUACCAAAAAAUUCAACCAACUCUCUUACUCGAUGUGACGGAUAUAAUUGAAGAUUCUCCUAGACAAUGCACAGUAUGUGGCAAAUUGGCUGAAUUCGAAUGCAAAGAAUGUUAUGGAGAAUGCGGAGUAGGACUUGAAAGCAUUGCUUUUUGUGUAGAAUGUUUAAAAACGGUACAUCGUCAUGAACAUAGAACAAAUCAUGAGCCUAAAAAACUUAGCGUACCAGUAGAAUUUGCUAUUCUACAAGAGCAUUGUCCCGUACCACGUUUAUAUUUAGAACUUUCAGCAGUUGUUUGUAUUGAAACAUCGCACUACGUUUCGUUUGUUAAAUGUGGUUCUGGUUCGGAAGCACCAUGGUGCUUUUUUGAUUCUAUGGCAGAUAGAAAAGGUGAACAAGAUGGGUAUAAUAUACCAGAGAUGGUACCAUGCCCGGAUUUUCCUUACUGGCUAAGCGAAGACGGUGGCAAUUGUUUAAUGAAAUUAACAGACGAUCGUAAUUUACCGGAAUAUGCAAAACGACUUUUGUGUGACGCAUAUAUGUGCAUGUAUCAAUCACCAGAUGUUAUGAUGUACAAAUAAUUUCAAAGUCUUUUUUUCUGCUACUGAAAAAGUGUAGAAAACAGCUUUCAUGCCAGCAAUGAAUCCGCGAACAUAAUUCUAAAUUAAUUUUAAUGAACAAGGUUUCGUUUCAAAAAUAAAGGCUCAAAUAAGGUGAUGGCUUCUCAAAAUUUAAAAAGAAAAUCUUAAUUUUCUGUGAAAACAUCGCUCCAUAAUAUAUUAGUAAAUUAUUUAUUAUUUCCUUUUUAAAAAAACGUAGAGCGUUUUUAAUUUUAAUGAGUUAU